GCUCUGUUGUUCAGCACCUCCAAGGCAGUGAUAAGUGGUGCUGUCAGCACCUUCAACACCUCUACAGUGCUCUUUGAGAAAUGCUACCGGGACCACGGAGGAGUGAUCAUUAACAUCAAGACCACCCUAGGUUUCAAAGGGCAGGGGUUGCAAGUACAUGCUGGCAUGGCCAAGACCGCAGUAGACGCCAUGACCCGACACCUGGCUGUGGAGUGGGGCCCCUAAAACAUCUGGGUCAACAGCCUGGCCUCCAGGUCCAGCAGCGGCACAGAGGGCACGGGGCAUCUUGGGUGUUCCCAGUCCCACGUGAGCAGAGCCGUCCUGUAGAUUCCCCUCCAGAGGCUGGGGAACAAGACGGAGAUCGCCCACAGUGCCCUGUUCCUGGCCAGCCUGUUGGCAUCCUAUAUCACGGGGGCCUCCCUGGUGGUGGACGGCGACAGCUGGCUGACGUCCUCCAACGGCUCCUUGGCUCCGUCGGCGGCCGCGUCCUUCUCUGCUAAACUCUAGUAGCAGCACAUGCAGUUUCCGCUGUCCAGGAAUUUAUGCUUCCCCUGAGCCUUCUUCCGGACAUGCCGCUUUCCCUUCAUGCCACGCUGCUUCGCAGCUGGGCGGCCAACAAGAAAGAAGCGUGAUGCCAGGAGCCCCCCAGCUUUCUGACUCUUGACCUCAUCCUGAGCUUACGCUGCCCCGGAGACUCAUCCCUGCUCCGGCCAGUUCUCCGUCCAGGGGGCCAACGGGUGUGAACUUCCAGCGCCGAGGAGGAAACCAAUCCCUGCUCCUCUGUAGCCGUGAGCCGAAUGCCUUUCCUCCCCAGCUGCCGGUUACGACGUCCCUCCUGGCCGUUGCGGGGGUCAGGGGCAUGGGGCAAGCAGCCUUGCAGAUAAGCACCAGCUCAGGCUGACGUCGGGAGCAAAGUUUUGAGGAUGGGAGGGCUUUGACAUUCUAGGAAGCAGGGGCCGUCGAUGGGAUCGGGAGUUGGAUGUAUUGGCAAAAGAGGGACUGGAUGACACCGCUAGCCACUGUC